AUGUUUGAUGCAUUCACCACAUUUUCUCAUGCUUCUGGGCUGGUUGCUAACCUUGAUAAGAGUAACCUUUACACUGCAGGGAUUACAGAGGAAGAAAGGAGUGAGUUACAGCUUAUUGUUCAGAUGCUUAUGGGAUCUUUCCCAUUUAAGUAUCUUGGUGUUCCCCUUACUACAAGAAAGCUCUUUUACCAGGAAUGCAAGCCUCUUAUUGAAAAGACAGUUGCUAGAAAAGUCCUGAAAGAAAUUCAGAGUAUUUGCAGAAAUUACUUGUGGAGUGGUAAGAGUGAAGGUAGGAAGGCUCCUGUGGCUUGGGAUAAUCUAUGUUUAAAGAAGUCUUGUGGAGUUUGGAACCUCAAAGAUCUUGUUACUUGGAACAAAGCUGCAGUGGCUAAGCACUUAUGGGCUAUUACUCAGAAACAAGAUAGGCUGUGGAUCAAAUGGAUCCAUGCCUACUAUAUAAAGCAGAAUAUUCUUCUCACUAUGCCCAUCCCUACUAGGCUCUCUUAG